AUGUCUAUCAAUAGCUCUCAAAGGCCUACAGCUAAACGGUCUCCAUCGAUCCUCGUUACUGAUGCGAGAUCACACGUUGUUAAUGGUGUUAGAGCACCUUUUGCAGGUCACAAUUAUAGGAAGCAGCAGCAGCUUCAGCAACAACAAUCAUUGCAUGGGAGUCACCAGCAACCAAAUCUGCAUUACAGCUUUCGCAGGAAGCUUGCUUCGAGGGCCAACAAAUAUACGGAUAUAUCUGUCGAUAAGUUAUUGAGCAAUUCUAGCGAUAUUCCCUCUGGUCAGAGCCGAUUACCACUUUUAAACCAGGGCUCGGGACAUUUUUCACCUCCUCAAAGAAGUUUAUCUCCAAAUCCACUGGAGCAGGUCAUUGCCCCGGACCAAAGACGCAGAAAUAUCAGAAGCAUUCCCAAACUUUCCCAAAGUUUGCCAAUUAGAACAUCCAAGACUUCGCAGCGGUUGGUAUUGAUUCCUGAUGAAUACGGCGCUACCCCUACUGUAAGACUUGAAUCCUCUCUACAAGGAAGUGAUGCCAAGAUUGCAGAAGUGCCUCCUCAAACUUAUAGAAGCCGCGCAGAACUCAUGCUGAAAGAAGCAAGGGCUAAAGAACUCAGCAGAGUGACGGCUUAUUUCAUUUGUGAAGAGUUCAAUUUAGACGCACUUCUGGAUUUCUUGAAAAAAAAUCACGAAGUGAAACCAAGACUUUAUGAUGAAGCUCUUUACGUGCCGUAUGCUCUCCCGCUUCUUCCUGGGACAGAUGGGUUCCGUGUAAAAUCGAACGAUUCAGCCAAGUCUCUAUCGAGCAAACGCUUAGUGGAAAACAUGAUAAACAAAAGUGAACAGAGAAAUCACUUAUAUGAAUACUACUCGGGCGUCGAAACCCCAGAGGAUGCCAACAACUACUCAAUGGAUCCUGAGGAAGGUACGUCUGAAAACAGUGGACCAUUUGACCCGUCCGAACCACAGUUUUUCGCUCCGCCCCUAUUAGCAUCUGACAGCCACAGCGGAAGCAAUGAGAGCUUUCAAACACAAAAGUCCUCAGAUUCUCUGGACCGUGAGGACGAAGAAAGUAGCGCUCAGUCAAAACAUAAACCAAGGGAUUCUAAAAGCAGUUCAUCGAUGGACCAAACAGAACUCACAAAGCAUCAUGGAGAAAUGUUCGUGCUUCGUUAUGGUAUUGUCGUGUUUUGGAAUCUUUCUGAGACACAUGAAAAGAACAUUUUGGCCGAUUUAGCCUUUGCAUCGCAGACACCCGAGCCGCUUCUUAUCAAUCCUAUUAGUGAACAGGAUAUUGAAACUGAGGAGUUCCAUUUUGAGUAUGAUCCUCAGAUCAGCCGACCAAGAAUCUAUAACGACAUGAUCACCCUCAGAAGUGGAGACCAUUUGAUCAAAUUGACCAUGUCGUAUGCGAUUGCACAGCUGACUAAGCUAUGCCUUUUUGAGAGCCGCAUGGUCCACAGCUUGCUGCUGAUUUCAAAACUUCCAAAGAAGCUUGCUUUGACUGGUAGGCUAGGUUUAAAACGUCAGCAGAUUUUGAAAAAGUCGGGAAAACUUUUCAAAUUGAGAGUGGAUGUCAACCUUUCAAGCUCUAUCUUAGAUACUCCGGACUUCUUUUGGUCAAUUGAACCAGCAUUGCAUCCAUUAUACACUGCAGUUAGAGAGUAUCUUGAAAUUGAGCAAAGGGUUCAAGUUCUCAAUGACCGGUGCAAAGUAUUCUUGGAAUUUUCAAACAUCAUCAGUGACAGUAUUAACGAAUCAAGCACGACUAGGAUCACUAUGAUGAUCAUCAUAAUCAUCUUUUUGAGUCUUGCUGUGAGUGUUUUCGAGUUUGUCUUAGAUAUACUCUAA